AUGUCAUGGCCAACAACAUCGCCUGAUAUGGCUAUCAACCGCUACCCGGAACAGGUGGAAUCCCACGGUGACGGAAAGCCGACCUCAGGUCAAAGGAAGAAGGUGGUGGUUGUCGGUCUGGGAAUGGUCGGCAUAGCCUUUGUAGAGAAGCUCCUCAAACUCGAUGCCAAGAGGAAAGAAUACAACAUCGUGGUCAUUGGCGAGGAACCUCACCUCGCCUACAACCGCGUCGGAUUGACCAGCUUCUUUCAGCACAGACGAGUCGAGUCGCUUUACCUCAACCCGGAGUCUUGGUAUAAGACCCACGCAACAGACUCUUUCGGCUACCAUCUGAACACUCUCGUGACCGAAAUCAAGCCGGAGCAGAAAGUUGUGGUAACAGCCUCAGGUGAUACGAUACCUUACGACACCCUUGUUCUGGCUACGGGGUCCGAUGCCAUCCUCCCACGGCAUACCCCUGGCCAUGAUGCCAAUGGAGUGUUUGUAUACAGAACCAUUGACGAUCUUCAGAAGCUCAUCGCCUUCGCGACGACCGUCAAGGGUACAACAGGCUGCGUCGUGGGUGGCGGACUCCUUGGUCUCGAAGCAGCCAAAGCCAUGAUGGACCUGGAGGAAUUCAAGCAGGUCACACUCAUUGAAAGAAACAGAUGGGUCCUGUCGCGGCAGCUCGAUGGAGAUGCUGGUGCCAUGGUCGUCGAGCUCGUCCGCAAUCUCGGACUCGACGUUAUGCUUGGCAAGAGGGUUGGAAGAAUCUUGACCAACGAGGACAACGCCGUGAGGGGUGUUGUGUUCGAGGACGGCGAGGAAAUGGAGUGUUCCUGCAUCAUGUUCGCCAUUGGCAUCAAGGCGAGAGACGAGUUGGCCAGGGCUGCGGGUCUGAAGUGCUCCGACCGAGGAGGUGGUGUCGUGGUCGAUGACGAUCUCAGGACGAGCGACCCAAGCAUAUACGCAAUUGGCGAAUGUGCAAGCUGGGGAGAGCAAACGUUUGGUCUUAUCGCACCAGGGAUCGAACAAGCCGAUGUCCUAUCAUUCAAUCUCACCCAAGCCAAGUUCCACAGCCCUCGGACCUUCAAACGGCCAGAUUUGAGCACAAAGCUCAAGUUGUUGGGUGUCGAAGUCGCCAGCUUCGGGGAUUUCUUUGCCGACAGAGAUGGACCGAAGGAUCUUCCGAAGAGGCACGUCAAGCGGCAGGAGAAGAGAGUCGCGGACAAGCACCUCACCGAUGCGCCUAUACCUCCGGCCGUUAAAGCGAUCACCUACAGAGACCCAUUUGCGGCUGUAUACAAGAAAUAUUUGUUCACCGUGGAUGGCAAAUAUCUCCUCGGUGGUAUGAUGAUCGGCGACACGAGGGACUAUGUCAAACUGGUGCCAAUGGUCAAGAACAAAAAGCAAUUGGAGGUGCCUCCAUCUCAAUUCAUCAUCGGAGCAUCAAAAGAUGGCGAAGAAAAUGGCGACAACCUGUCAGACGACACACAAAUCUGUUCUUGCCACAACGUCAGCAAAGGCGACGUCGCCAGCGUGGUCAAGGAUGGCUCCUGUAAGUCGAUUGGCGACGUCAAGUCUUGCACCAAGGCGGGCACAGGCUGCGGUGGGUGCAUGCCUCUAGUUCAGUCUAUAUUCAACAAGGCGAUGAAAGAAAUGGGUCAAGAAGUUCUGAACCAUAUUUGUCCUCACUUCAGAUACUCACGGGCUGACCUCUACAACAUUGUCUACGUCAAGAAACUGACAGACUUUGGCGCGGUCAUGAGAUCCAGCGGCACCAAUCCAGACAGCCUCGGAUGCGAAGUGUGCAAGCCAGCCGUUGCAUCGGUUCUCUCCAGCACGUUCAACAAGCACGUUAUGGAGAAGCCACUUCACGGACUGCAGGAUACCAACGACAAGUACCUCGGGAAUAUUCAGCGCAAUGGAACGUUCUCCGUCAUACCUCGUGUUGCCGGUGGUGAGAUCAGCCCCGACAAACUCAUCGUAAUCGGCCAAGUUGCGAAGAAAUACGGCCUCUAUACCAAAAUCACUGGUGGCCAACGCAUUGACAUGUUCGGUGCGAAGAAGCAGGAUCUCCUUGAUAUCUGGUCGGAGCUGGUGGCCGGUGGACUCGAAUCAGGCCAUGCAUAUGCCAAAUCUCUCCGCACGGUCAAGUCGUGUGUAGGUACCACUUGGUGCCGCUUCGGCAUCGGAGACUCGGUUGGUCUUGCUAUCCGGCUGGAAGAGAGGUACAAGUCGAUCCGAGCACCACACAAGAUCAAAGGCGGUGUUUCCGGAUGCGUCCGAGAAUGUGCCGAAGCCCAAAACAAAGAUUUCGGGUGCAUUGCCACAGAAAAGGGGUUCAACAUCUUCGUUGGGGGGAAUGGCGGUGCAACGCCGAGACACUCGGAAAUCCUGGCCAAAGACGUCCCUCCAGACGACGUCAUCCCCAUCCUUGACCGUUACUUGAUGUUCUACAUCCGAACGGCCGACAGGCUUCAGAGAACGGCUCGGUGGGUAGAAAGCCUGCCUGGUGGUAUCCAGUAUCUGCGCGAGGUUAUUCUAGAGGACAAGCUGGGCAUCUGUGCGGAGCUCGAGAAGCAAAUGCAAGAGCUUGUUGGCACAUUCUUCUGCGAGUGGACGGCAGUACUGAACGACCCGGAGAAGCGGAGAGCGUUUCAGCAAUUUGCAAACACGGCAGAUACCAGGGAACCUGCUGUGGAAAAGGUCGAGGAGAGAGGUCAGUUCAGGCCAGCGUACUGGAGCAAGGACUCGGCAGGUGAAGACUUCAAGAGGACCCGGUGGUCCAGUCUUACGUGGCAACCCAUUGUCGAGGCGAACAAGUUCCAAGACCUGGACACUGGCUCGUCACAAACCAUUAUACGGGGCGACACGCAACUCGCGAUCUUCAAACUGAAGGGCAAAUACUACGCCAGCCAGCAAAUGUGCCCGCACCGCCGAACCUUUGGACUCUCGGACGGCCUCGUGGGUGAAAUCACCUCGCCCGGCUGCAAAGACAGCAAACUCUACGUCAGCUGCCCGUACCACAAGCGGAAUUUCCAGCUGAAUGGCGAGAUUGAAUUUGGUAAGAAGGACGCGGGUGCCGGCUCGUGCUCCAACGACAACACUUUGUCCAUCGCCACGUUCCCGGCCGAGGAGCGGGAUGAUGGUUGGGUAUAUCUCAAGCUGCCGCCGGUGCAGGAGAUGGACAGUGUGAUUGGAACAAGCAAGUGGGUGGUUAAAAAGGAUGAAGCACUGAAUCCCUUUGCCCGUCUUGACAAGAGGCUCGGGUACGACAAAGGGCUGCGGCCCCAGAAGAUGGUCGGGCCCAUGGCUGGGACUGGAAAUGUGCGGGCUGGACGAGAAAUCGGGGUGGCGGCGCAAAGGAGGAUUGACUGGUAG